UCAGCUGAAGGACGCGAGCAAUCACCAGUAACGCUCCCAUUUCAUUUUCACGUUGUAUAACGGGUCGGGGUCAGGGUGAGGCGAUCCGCCGCGUCUGGCUCAUUUCUGCCGCUCAACCAGGAGGCAGCGCGGAGCAGUUCAACCGGGGCAGCAGCCACUUUAUCAUGUUCACUGGAGCGAAGACAUGACUUUACUCAACGAGUCCGAGGAGACUAUCUCUCCCUCCACUCCGCUCUCCUCCCUUAGGAACAAUUUCUCAUCUUUUUUCACACCUGACGCCUCUUAUUCUCCUGCAUCCUAUCCCACAUCCUCUUCCUCCCUGCUGACAUCCUCCAACUGCACCGACUCUUCACCAUCUUCCUCACCACCAUACAACUUCUACGCUGUGCUGUUAGUCCUUCUAAUCUUUUGUGUGGUGUUCGGCAACGUGCUGGUAUGUGUGGCUGUGUCUCGGGAGCGUGCCUUGCAGACCACCACCAACUACCUCAUUGUCUCCCUGGCCGUGUCCGAUCUGCUUCUGGCAACCCUGGUCAUGCCUUGGGGUGUUUACCUGGAGGUGGUUGGGGAGUGGCGCUUCAGUCUAAUUCACUGUGACAUCCUGCUCACGCUGGACGUCAUGAUGUGCACCGCCAGCAUCCUCAACCUGUGUGCCAUCAGCAUUGACAGAUACACAGCAGUCGCCAUGCCGCUGCUCUACAACACCAGAUACAGCUCCAGGAGGAGAGUGGCAGUGAUGAUCGCCGUGGUGUGGUUUCUCUCUUUUGCCAUUUCCUGCCCUUUGUUGUUUGGACUGAACAAUACAGCCAGCCGGGAAGGCACCACAUGCAGCUUCGCAGACCCGGCGUUCGUGGUCUACUCCUCUGUCGCAUCUUUCUAUGUACCGUUUAUUGUAACACUGUUGGUGUACGCCCAGAUCUGCGUGGUGUUGCGUAAACGUGGCAGACGCACUGCCCCACCGCGCAAACACGGCUUGCUGACACAAGGUGGUCUUGGAGCUGCAGAGAGUCGACAGAGGAAGAGUAAAUGCACACAACCAGAAGAUGUGAAACUGUGUACCCUGAUCCUUAGGCCUGCCACCGCAAAGAAAGUGACCCUUGUGAAGGAGUCUGUGGUUCACCCCCUCGAAGUGGAGCCGGGGCGGUUCCUACCACAGACUGAGCAGAAUCUACCGCCUCCCAGCGCUCCACAGCCUUCCAAUCAUGCACUGCAGUCUAAGAUCUCACUCUCCAUCGCAGUAGGACCGACUCCGGCUCUUCCCUCAACCGUGGCGCGAUCCGCUUUGACGCCCCGUCCCCCCACCCUCGAGGAUGGCAUGAGGGGUCGAGAGGGGUGGAGGGAGCGCAGCGGAGGCAGAGAGAAAUGGGGCACCACAAAGGAAAGGGUGAGAGGGAGGCUCUCACAGCAGAAGGAGCGGAAGGCAACACAGAUGCUGGCUAUUGUGCUGGGUGUGUUCAUCAUCUGCUGGCUGCCUUUCUUCCUGACCCAUGUGCUGAAGGCCCACUGCAGGAGCUGCUGCAUCUCACCUUCUCUGUACAGUGCCGUAACCUGGCUUGGAUAUCUCAACAGUGCUGUAAAUCCUGUCAUCUACACAACUUUCAACAUUGAAUUUCGCAAAGCCUUCAUCAAGAUCCUGCACUGCUAGCCGAGACUAAAAAUGCAUCAGUUGUCAGAAUAAAUAAAUAAGAAAACAAGUUGUGGGACUUCGGAAGAGAUUGCAAAGAUAAAAAUAUUCUGUGACAGUUUGAUUCUGAGAGGAACUGAGACUAUAAGCUGUGUGUCUUGGAGUCAUAAAGAUAAAGAUUUUUUUGGAAGGCUUGGGAAAAAAAAAAUUAACCAGCGCCUCAGACAAGACUAAGCCACAGAGAGAAAAUAAUGUUUAUGAAGCUGACAACAGCUGGCACAAAAUAUCCUUCAAAAAGAAGUUUGUGACAAGUGGCAGACAGUGACAAGAAAAAUGACGAAGGUGGAGAUAUGUACAGUAAAGGAGACAAAUACUGUGCAUAAAGGAAAUACAUUCAGACAGGUGGUAAUACUUCAUCAAUCUGACUCAAGACUCCACAUUUGUGGAUUUCAGUGCAAAGUACUGUUCCCCACGUACUCAAACGUUUGAUUUGUAUUUGACCAAUUCUGCUACAUUAACUUGUGAUCUCAACAAACCUUCUCUCAAUGUGUUUGCAUGUGCUGGUAUUUCUCACAUGACAGGAGCAAAUAAGAUACACAAGAAAAAGAAAAGAAAUACUCAAAAUUUGUUUUAAUUUUGUACUGGUGACAUUUUUUUAAACCUACUUUCAUUUACUAAAUAUGUGCUGUCAAUAAUUGUUUUUAAUCCCAACCCUACUUCACUGCAUAAAUUGUGCCAUC